AUGUCGCAAGUGGAAGGAGCUCCGAAAAAGAGUGUCUACGUGCCGCCCCAUCGUCGCGGGCUACCUGAAGGAGCUGCAGAAGUGGAUUCCACUACUUCAACGCACGCUUCGCACUCCAGCCCUCGCUACUCAAGCGGACGCUAUGGAGGAGGCCAACGUGGUAAUUAUGGCAGCUACGGCAACACCAAGGACAGUCGACCGCCGUCUCGGAACGACAGGGACUACCAGCGCCCGGACUCUGGUUAUGGUGGCACACCGCAGAAGGAUCGCCGCGGAAGCUUCUUUGAUAGACCUGGUCAAGGUCGUGGUGCUUCCGGCGAUGGCAGCGCAGCGGUGGAGCGGGCUUGGACUGUACAGGGGCCCCGCGAUACACAAUACGAGGCUGAAGUUUUCGCACACGCCGGCUCUGGCAUUAAUUUCGACAAGUACGAGGAGAUUCCUGUUGAAGCCACUGGCGGCAGUGUUCCCGAUCCAAUUCAUUCGUUUGACGAACUUGCCCUGCAUCCAUGGGUGAUGGAGAAUAUCACACUAACUGGCUACACACGACCGACUCCUGUACAAAAGCAUUCCAUCCCGGCUAUCAUGGCAGGCUUGGAUCUUAUGUCGUGCGCCCAGACCGGGUCCGGCAAAACGGCUGCUUUUCUCGUGCCGGUUAUUCACAGUAUCCUGCAGGGUGGUCCGUCAGCGCUGUUGCCGGCAAGCACCACCCAUUCUCAUCGCCGCCAGCACUUUCCUGCGGCCCUCGUGAUCGCUCCGACUCGGGAGCUGGCGUUGCAGGCAUUUUUGCUGAUUGAGGGUACAUCAAGGCACUUUAGAUUUAUAAUGAGGCUUGUAAAUUCUCGUACCGGACCCCGCUUCGUAUCUGCGUUCUUUACGGGGCUCGGCUGUCACGUGCUGAUUGCGACUCCGGGACGUCUCAUAGACAUCUUGGAACAGGGCUGGAUUGGACUCGAAGGUUGCCGGAAUCUUAUCCUCGAUGAGGCUGAUCGUAUGCUUGAUAUGGGUUUCGAGCCACAAAUCCGCCAGAUCGUUCAACGUUCGGGCAUGCCACAACGGGGCGAACGUGUUACUGCAAUGUUUUCGGCCACGUUCGCUAAGGAUAUUCAGGUCCUCGCGCAGGAUUUCCUCUUGCCAGACUAUGUAUUUCUGGCCGUUGGACGUGUGGGCUCCACUUCUGAAAACAUCCAGCAAAAGAUUCUAUUUGUCAAUGAUGCUGAGAAGCGCGAAUUCCUCAUGGAUCUUCUGGAUGCACAAGACCCGAAUGCGCUGACGGUCGUUUUCGUCGAAACGAAGCGUAACGCAAACGAUCUCAGCUAUUUCUUGGAGCGCUCCAGCUACAAUGCUGUUCCGAUUCAUGGAGAUUUGCCACAGGUCACUCGUGAAGAAAACCUCAUCACUUUCCGCUCUGGUCGAGCCCCGAUUAUGGUGGCGACCGCCGUUGCGGCUCGUGGCUUGGAUAUUCCAAACGUCAAGCAUGUGAUCAACUACGAUUUGCCGGGUGAUAUCGACGAAUACGUUCAUCGUAUUGGGCGUACUGGUCGUGCCGGAAACGUCGGACUAGCCACAUCUUUCUUCUCAAGCCGCAAUGUGCGCCUCGCUCGCGACUUGAUGAAUUUGAUUGUCGAGUCGAACCAGGAAGUGCCCGCUUUCCUUGAAGAGGCUGCACGUGGAAAUAUGCCCGGAUCGGCCAAAGAUGGAGGCUCGUACAACCGGCGUGACGGAGGUGGUCGCAGCUUUGGUGCCAGAGACCAUCGUGCUCAACCGCCAAACAGCAACGCUGCUGCGCGUACAUCUAACUCUUUUGGCGACAACAACCUCUCUCGCCGCCCACCGGCUCGCGGUGCUGGUGCUGCCGCCCAUUGGUUCGAC